AUGUACAAAAUCAAGGCAAGCUUUAUCACUAAACCCGACGCGACUCCGGAUGAAAUCCGAGGAUUACUACUCACUCAAGGUCCUAUUGGUAUAAGUGUUAAUGUAUGCGGAAUAUUUGGUCGUGCUGAUGAGUUUAAGGAGAUCUAUAUUUUGCCUGAACCGAAAGAAAAUAUGAAAAGACAUGCUUUGAUCAUUGUGGGUUUUGGUACAACAAAAGAUGGCAAAUUGUUUUUCAUUGUCCAAAACACGUGGGGGACAAAAUGGGGAUUCAACGGAUAUGCAAGAAUUAUCAUCAAAAAGACUUGUCCUAUAUUUGACGUGAGUGGUUUGGUUAACUAAUUUUAAGUUUAAAAUAAAACAUAUUUAACUAUCUUGUGAAAAUGGUCAAGAAUUUAUUAUUAUUUUUAUGGAUUUAAUUAUCGUUAUGAUUGUUGUUUUUAUCGACUCUAAUCUAUGCCUUGCGAGACUAGUAUUUCUUAAAUUUUUCAUAA